AUAAUUUCAUCAUCUUAACGAUCAAAGAAAUUGAGACGCAAUUGUCAAUUGAACCAACGGAACAAUUUUUCAAUUUUUCCUGUGCAUUAAUUCAUCAAAGUCCCAAAAUAAAUCAGGAUGCGUCCGAAGCGUACUUGCGUUAAUGAAACGAAUGAAAGAAUUCGAAUAUACUCUGAAUGGGCCAAUUCGCAGCGCCAAAGACAACCAAUGAAUAACGCAUCGGCCAAUAGCCAACAAACUGAGCCGACACAAAAUCAAGACGAAGAAGAAGAAGAGAAUCAAUCAUUGGAUGUGACUGUGGACAAUAGCCAACAAACUGAGCCGACACAAGAGCAUGUGGAUGUACAAGACGGAGUUCAUCAAUCGAUCGAAAUUCAAUUAGAACAGUGUACACCAUGCACAGUUGGUUUGGAAGUCAUGUCACAGAACGAUUCUGAAACUCAGUAUUUCAAUCGAUACCGAGCCACAAAUACAACUGGAUCCAAAAGACGGAAAGUCAUUGAAUCGGAUGACGAUGAUGAUGAUGAUGAUGAUGUUGUCGACGCACACAGUAAUGUCACGCACACGCCUAGUUUAGUCUUGCCACAGACUUCGACACAAUCGAAACGCGUACGAUUCGAUCAAAACAAUCGACAGCAACAACGACCAUCAAAUUCGUCAAGCCACAAUUCACCAAUUCAUCAAAAUAUACAAAAUGCCGGCACAUCGUCAUUACACAAUCAAAUCGAAAUGGAAUGCCAAAAUGUGUUUUCUUCCAUGACAAGAAUAAUAGCUUCAAACGCAGCACAUCGUCAAAUCGUUGAAACAAUUGCAAAUGAAUUGAGCACACGGUUGAAUCAAUUCACUCGGAACAUCAAAUUGAAUUCAAACGUUAAGCGAAAAGUCGAAGAUUUGGUGGAAAAAUUCGAACGGAGUCAUGUCGAAGCCUUGCAGCGUUUACGAAAUGGAUUUGGAAUUUGUGUUGAUACUAAUACAACUGCUGCUUCUACUGUUGCCGAUCGGAACGAUGUGUCUACACCAACAUCAUCCGGUGAUACAGUCGCAUCAGGUACACGUCCAAAACAAUCACAAUCGAUAGCAAUGCACGACAAAAAACAAUACCGGCCAAACGAAAGAAGCGAGCAAACACAAUUGCAAAUGCACCGGCAACAAAGAAGCGAACAACUCGUGCCACCAGUAUGCCGAAUACAUCGAAUAAUGAUAAUGUUAGCGAUGAUUUCGAUUUCAAUGAUGGCGAUGACGAUGGCGACAAUGGUGAUGAGGAUUCAGAAAGAUACCAAUCGAUCAAAAUGGGUAAACGUAAGUCGUUCAAUGAAAAUCUACAGAAUAAGGAUGAAUUGGCUAGCAUUAUCAAUAAAAUUGUCACGGACAUGAGUCACACUUGGCGACUUGGCGCACUCAACGUACACUGUAGCCUCAUGCGAAUCAUACAAUCGAACAAUGAAGCAGCCAUUCGUACCGAAUUUUGGAACAGUACGUGUGAAUACAAUCGUAAUUAUUUUGAUGGUUAUUUUCGUGGUGUGUAUGGUAAUUGUAUCAAUGGCAAGAAAAAAUUGCGAAAAACAUGGAAAUUGGAUCAGGCUAUAAUCAAGUUCUGUCAGAAGCACAAAGUCAUUGAGAAAAAUGCAAUUGGUUAUGGUAACAUUUUCACCUAUGCAACUCGGCAAUAUUUCACCAAUUUCAUGAUGUGUAUCAUACGUAGUCUGUAUAAUAAUGUUCGGGCAUAUUUGAAUCAUUGUGUGAUUUCCGAAGAAUUGGCAAACCAUCCGAAAUCAAAUGAACCGUUUGCGAGCACAUCACGCGCCAGAACACCACCACUGCCGCCACAAAAAUGUCGAACAUUGAAACAGAUACGCAAAGCGAAUUACCAAUUGAUCACCAAUACAAUGCGCUAUUUGUUCAGCGACGAGGCAGAAAAUCCGAAUUUCUAUAAGAAAAAGCCACAAUCGAAACGACCGCCACGCAAAAAGGCCACCGAUGAUGAAGCGGCCAAACGAAAAAAGCGACAAAAUGAAAAGAAAGUGAAAAAGCCAAAACGAAAACGUGAUCCAAUUCUAUUGACACCAGCUAUCGAACGUCUUCUGAAGCGUAUUCAAACCGAUUUUAAUCCGAUGGAUUUCGAAGCGAAUCG